UGAUCACUGUUAGAAAUACAAUUGAACAUAAAUGUCAGGAAGGUCGCUUGCCACCACCUGAUCUAAAUGAAGAACCGCCUCCACCUCGCGAGCCAAUACCAACAUCUAGGUCUGAAAAGGAACUAAAAUCGCCAACAACCUCUCGAGCUCCUUCGGAAGCUUGCCCACUCUUAACUGAUCCACCGUCUCCACCAACCACCAACAAUCGAUCAAGAACGACAUCUGUCGUGUCAGAAGACUCUGCGAAAUCCAGGUCAGCAUCGAUUUCGACAUGCAAAACUAGUCCGGAGUUGAUACUCAGAAAUGCGGUGCUCAUGUCCCAACGCUCACUGAGGUCGUCACAAAUGCUCGAGACGCAAUCCAUCGAAACGGUUAUCGAGCAACGCGAAGUAGUAGCCAUCAGUAUGCCAGAUGAUGAAAACUCACAAAGUGACAUCCUUAAUUUUGAUGAACCCGAGGAAGAUAGUGAAGAUGAUCAAGUUGAUGGUCAGCUGGAUGAUGAAGAGAUGGAAACAGAUGGUGAAUUAAGUGACCGAGCCAGUACGGCCACUUCCCCGACGCCUGAUGAUAUUAAAGGUUGGUAUGGACUCAUUCGAACUGUCUGGUGA